UCGGCUUAGAGUUGUCAGGACACCAGUUCAUAUUUCAGCAUAGAACAUAUUAAACAGUCGUAGUAAACUCAUAAAAUUUUCUAGACAUUCACACACCCUAACAUUUAAUAUAGUUAUCAAAAUACACGACAUCAGCGAACAUCCAGGCAAGAAACGGCUUCUACGCAUGUCGGGAUAAAUUGGCGGGAGUUGUCGAAGUGCGCAUGUGCUCGUAUUUCCCUCCAUUACUGCAGAAAGCUGAAGCUCAUUUUUGUUCUCGCCGGUGGACAAGAUGACAGAGAAAGACGGAGAAGGAUUUGAUGAUGCUGUGGAGGAGAGGGUAAUCAAUGAAGAGUACAAGAUAUGGAAGAAGAACACCCCGUUUCUCUAUGAUCUGGUUAUGACACAUGCAUUGGAGUGGCCCAGUCUUACUGCCCAAUGGCUCCCUGAUGUUACCAGGCCUGAGGGAAAAGAUUACUCUCUUCACAGACUCAUUUUAGGGACCCACACGUCUGCUUCUUUAUCCCAAAAUCCAUACAGGUCGGAUGAGCAGAACCAUCUGCUUAUUGCGUCCGUUCAGUUACCUAAUGACAAUGCCCAAUUUGAUGCCUCACAUUAUGACAGCGAAAAAGGAGAAUUCGGGGGAUUUGGUUCGGUUAGCGGAAAGAUAGAGAUUGAGAUCAAAAUAAACCAUGAAGGAGAAGUAAACCGUGCUCGAUAUAUGCCCCAGAAUCCCUGUGUCAUUGCCACAAAGACCCCGUCAAGUGAUGUGCUUGUGUUUGACUACACAAAACACCCCUCCAAACCAGAUCCCAGUGGUGAGUGUAACCCAGAACUGCGAUUGAAGGGACAUCAAAAGGAAGGAUAUGGGUUGUCCUGGAAUCCAAAUCUGAAUGGACAUCUUCUAAGUGCUUCUGAUGAUCAUACUAUAUGUUUAUGGGAUAUUACAUCAACUCCAAAAGAAGCACGAGUAAUUGAGGCAGAUACAAUUUUUACAGGACAUACAUCAGUUGUGGAGGAUGUGGCUUGGCACCUUCUGCAUGUUAGUUUGUUUGGAUCUGUGGCAGAUGACCAGAAACUUAUGAUCUGGGACACAAGAUCGGCCAACACAAACAAACCAAGCCAUACUGUGGAUGCUCACACAGCAGAAGUCAAUUGCCUUUCCUUUAACCCCUAUAGUGAAUUUAUUCUGGCCACAGGCUCUGCGGACAAAACAGUUGCGCUCUGGGAUCUACGAAACCUGAAAUUAAAACUCCAUUCCUUUGAAUCACAUAAAGACGAAAUAUUUCAAGUUCAGUGGUCUCCCCAUAACGAGACUAUCCUGGCCUCUAGUGGCACAGACAGACGGCUGCACGUGUGGGACCUGAGUAAAAUCGGUGAAGAGCAAUCGGCUGAGGAUGCUGAAGAUGGACCUCCAGAGCUUCUGUUUAUACAUGGGGGACACACUGCUAAGAUAUCAGACUUUUCCUGGAACCCCACAGAACCAUGGGUGAUCUGUUCUGUGUCAGAGGAUAACAUCAUGCAGGUUUGGCAGAUGGCAGAAAAUAUUUACAAUGACGAGGAACCCGACACCCCAGCUGGAGAUUUGGAACAAACUGCAUCCUAGUGAACUAGUAAACCUAGUCAUCAAUUUUUUUGUCUUUUUUUUUUUUUUUUU